AUGACGAUUCAUGGUCUCACGGCCCAGCCGCAGCUGAAUGGGAUGACAGCCGAUAUUGUCGGCUUCCAGCAAGACACAGGAAAUUAUGCGGCCGUGUUGCGCAAAGGCUCUGCAAUGAUCUAUAUCUCUCCUAGAAACUGCAUCCUCGACGGCGGGACGUGCAUCAGGCUUCGGGACCUCAGCAACGAGGACUUAAACGGGAAGAUGGCCCGCAUUCUCGAAGCUGACCUGGAUGCGGGGCGCUAUCGCGUGCAGUGCUGCGAUGGCACCGAGAUCAGCGUCAAGUACGAACACGUGCUGUGCUGA